CUGACGGAGAUUUUUGAAUCAAAUUCAACCGUUCCUCCGAUGUUUCUGUUUUCUUAUGUAUGCGAACGAAAUGUAGGUAUUGAAGCUGCCUAUUCCAUUCUCGUUAUUUUGUGUGUGAAAUGCGUAUUUUAUAAUACAGAAAUGUUACAAGAAAAAAAUAAUAUUAUUUGUCGCAGGAUUCCAUCUGACUCCGAGAGAAAUAAAUUUAGACGAUCAUCGAUUCUUAAACCACGUAAACCACGUCAACCAUUGCAAAAUGUAAACUUUGACUCUUCUUCUGAUGAAAACAGCCCAGUUCCAUCAAAAAUCAAGAGACGUGUUAGUUUUGCGGAGAAGAAACAUGUUAAAGAGUUUUGUCAUUCAACUGAACAAGGAACUGUUUGGGAUAAUACCUAUGAAGAACAUGAUUCUAGUUUAAAAGGAUCCUCUGUAACUGAUCAAAAUGGUGAAACUGAAUCAAAAGAAAAUGCAUCAUUACAUAAUUCUAAUAAUAGCUGUGUUAAUAAAUGUAUUAACUUUGAAAGUAAUUCGAUGAGUACUCACGUAAUAGAUGAUCAGAUAUCACAAAAAUAUGUUGCAAUAGCAAAUGAAGAAGAUGAUACAAACUAUAAUUUAGACUUUACAAAUCCAAUAUCUACAGAUUUAUCUAAUGUAUUCCAAGUAGAAAAUACUGCAUUGCCAAGUAGAUUUGAAGAUAAAAUAUCAAGUAUUAGUGUUACAUAUAAUGACAAGAAUGAAGAACAUAUAGAAUUGCUUGAUGAGAAGUCAUAUAGACAAACUGUAAUAACAAAUGCAUCUCAUAUAUCUAAAAAUAUAAAGCCAAACAAUAUUAUUAUAUAUAAGGAUUCUGAUGAAGAAGAUUAUACGAAUAAAGUUGCCAAAAAUUAUUCUGAAUUAUGUCCAAACAACACUUCUAAAUUAAAUGAGACACAUAUUCAAGAUUUGUCUAUGGAAUUAACUACACCAAUAUCUUUCUUAAUAUCUGCAAAUUCACAUAUAGAAAAACAAAAGACACAAAAGGAUGAUAUAAUAAAUAAUAUAGAUACAAAUUAUACUAGUAAUUAUAAUAAUAUAUCAAUGGAAAUUACAGAGGCUGUGCCAAUGUCUACAAUGUCUGUUACUUCUGAUUUAAGAAUUUUUAAACAAAUUCCAAUGAUAUCACAAAAUUGUGAAGAAACGAAUGGGAAUGUUGCAAAUAAUGAUCACAAUGUAUUUUCUACAGCUUUCAAUUUACAAUCUGAUAUUGUUUCUAAAGAUAUUGUUUCUGAACAAAUACAAAAUUGUGAAGAUACGAAGGGGGAUGUUGCAAAUAAUGAUCACAAUAUAUUUUCAACAGCUUUCAAUUUACAGUCUGAUAUUGUUUCUAUAGAUAUUAUUUCUGAACAAAUACAAAAUGUGAAUUGUGCCAAUGAUUCAAUGAUAUUAACAUCUGUAAUACAAUCAUCUAGAGAUGUUAUAGGCACUGACACAUGUCAUACAAAUAAUGUAAUUGUUAAUAACUUAAUGAAAGCGACUAGUAUAUCACCGAAGAUAUAUGAAAAAAAUACUUGCAAUGAAAAUGUAGUUAAAGGAAAUGAUCUGAGAAAAGAUCAAACUGAUAAAACUGAGAUUUUUAAUGAUAUACAGAUGGAAAUGACAGUACCUGUAAAUACCAUACUGUCUUCAAAUAUUUAUAAUAAAAAAAACUUGAAAGUAGAUGAACCAAUAUUUACAAAUGAUAAAACUACAUUUCUUAAUCUAUCUAUGGAAAUGACAAAAGCAGUGUCAACGAAAAGCAGACAAGAAAUUACUGAUACUAUUACUUGUGAAUCAUUAUCCAAGGAAAAUAUACACAGUGAAAAGGACAAAGGCACAAUCUGUCUUAAUGAAGAAACCAGAAUAUUACAUAAAUCUAUGGAAUUUACUGAAGUUGUUUCGAAUUCUCCGCAUUGUGAGAAAAUAUUUAAUAUUAUCCAUACUACACGAUCUUCUGAAAAAUUGCCAAAGACGUAUUUAUCUGCUGAAAAAUCCACAAGCACAACUUUUCAAACUGAUGCAGAUACGCGAAUAUCCGACUCAAAUCUCAGAGACAGUCUAAACGAGAUUAAUAGGUGUAGUUUCUUAAGAAAAAGUUUAGAAAACAAUCUUGUGGAAUUACAAUCGAUUACACCACCAUCGUUUGAAUGUCCGGACAGCGAAGAAGAGAAUUCCUCUCACCAAGUUCAAUCUGAAUUUCAGUUGCCGGUCGUUACUGAUGUAUCAAUCAAUAAUAUUUCUGAUCGAUUAAUAAUAAAUAAUGUAACAGAAACUAAAUAUCCAAUAGAUUCUAGAAAAAGUGUUGCGAAUGAUUAUUUCACAAAUUUAACAGAAAAAGAGGAAUCGAUAAAUAACCAAACGGAAGAUUGUUACAAAAAAAUUAUAGUAGAUAAAAUUGAAGAUAAUCAGGAAGUUGAUUGUCAAGAGACCGCCAAGACAAUUAUUGAUGACAAUCAACUUAAUGAAUCAAAUUGUUAUAUUACAGAAAAUAAAGAAAUGAACGAAGAAAGCAUAUUAUUAACAAAUACGAAAAAUGAAGAAAUUAUGACAAUGGAAAAUAUUAAUCUUAAUUGUACGUCAUUAAUUAGCACAGAAAUUAAAGUAAUAGAUGAAGAUCAAAUAAACGAAAGAGAAUAUACCUCAAAAAAGGUAAAUAAAGAUACAAAAUUACAGGAUAAUAUUAAAAUAAAAAGACAGUAUUUGAAUGUGGAAAAAAAGCAAGAGAUAGAUGAAUGCGAUGAUCAUCUCAACAGAACAGAAACAGUAAUUAAACAUCAAAUAAAAAUAGUAAAAAAAAAAAAGAAAAUUUAA